UUCCCAGGUGCAUUUUUUUGGGACAAGCUGACUCUCUCCCCUGACCCUCAGGCACAACCGUGUAUAUAAUCACAGGAGUGAUGAUGGCAUCUGGACAGACCUCCCUUUUGUUCCAUCCUAUCAUGCUGGCUGGACUGCUGCUCAUUACCAGCGUGUGCAGUCUAAACCCAGAUGACCCCAACGUCUGCAGUCACUGGGAAAGCUAUGCAGUGACCGUGCAGGAGUCCUACGCGCACCCCUUCGACCAGAUCUACUACACCAGGUGCACGGACAUCCUCAACUGGUUCAAGUGCACCAGACACAGGAUAAGCUACAAAACAGCAUACCGGCGCGGCGUGAGAACCAUGUAUCGCCGCCGCUCACAGUGCUGCCCCGGCUACUUCGAGAGCGGAGACUUGUGUGUCCCUCUGUGUACAGAGGAGUGUGCCCACGGCCGCUGUGUGUCUCCCGAUACGUGUCAGUGCGAGCCCGGCUGGGGAGGACUGGACUGCUCCAGUGGCUGUGAGAGUGGCUACUGGGGACCUCACUGUAGUAAUCGCUGCCAGUGCCAGAAUGGAGCCCUGUGCAACCCCAUCACCGGGGCCUGCGUCUGCACGGACGGGUACCAGGGCUGGCGCUGCGAGGACCCCUGUGAAAACGGCUACUAUGGCAAGGGGUGCCAGCUGCAGUGCCAGUGUCUUAAUGGUGCCACCUGUCAUCAUGAGACUGGCGAGUGCAUCUGCGCUCCAGGGUAUAUGGGUGCUGUUUGUGGAGUGCGCUGUCCCUCUGGCAGUCACGGGCCCCAGUGUGAGCAGCGCUGCCCUUGUCAGAACAGCGGAACCUGCCACCAUAUCACUGGAGAGUGCUCCUGCCCAGCUGGAUGGACCGGGUCAGUGUGUGCUCAGCCUUGCCCAUUAGGAAAGUACGGCAUCAACUGCAGCAAGGACUGCUCAUGUCGCAAUGGGGGAUUGUGUGACCACAUCACCGGGCAGUGCCAGUGUAUGGCUGGCUACACCGGUCGGAGGUGCCAGGAGGAGUGCCCUGUCGGCACAUACGGCCAGCAGUGCGCCCUCAAUUGCGACUGUCAGAACGGAGCCAAGUGUUACCACAUCAACGGCGCGUGUCUGUGCGACACGGGAUUUAAAGGACCUCACUGCCAGGAAAGAUUCUGUCCUCCAGGGUUAUACGGCUUCAUCUGUGACAAGUACUGCCCCUGUAAUGCCACAAAUACUCUCAGCUGUCACCCUCUAUCAGGUGAAUGCUCCUGUGUAGCAGGGUGGACUGGCCUGUACUGCAAUGAGACGUGUCCUUCAGGCUAUUACGGUGAAGGCUGCAGCUUGCCGUGCCACUGUUCCAACGGAGCAGACUGCCACGGGGUCACCGGAGCCUGCGUCUGCGCCCCCGGCUUCACGGGAGAUGACUGCUCUCAGACAUGUCCUCUUGGAUUUUAUGGAACUAACUGCUCAUCUACCUGCCACUGCCAUAAUCAGGUCUCCUGUUCCCCCAUCGAUGGCUCCUGCAUUUGCAAAGACGGUUGGCAGGGUGUGGAUUGCUCCCUGUUGUGCUCUAGUGGAACAUGGGGUCUCGGCUGUAACCAGACCUGUACGUGCGUGAACGAGGCGGCCUGCGACCCCAUCGAUGGCUCCUGCUACUGUGCUCCAGGUUGGAGAGGCAAACAGUGCCAGCUGCCAUGCCCCGAUGGCACCUACGGGCUGGAAUGUCGCGAGCGCUGUGAGUGUAAUCAUGCCGAUGGAUGUGAUCCUGUCAGUGGCCACUGCCGUUGUGUGGCAGGAUGGACAGGUAUCCACUGUGACAACGUCUGCCCUCAGGGCUACUGGGGACCCAACUGCUCCAUGACCUGCUCCUGCCAGAACGGAGGCUCGUGCUCGCCCGAGGACGGCACCUGCGUGUGCGCCCCGGGCUACCGAGGCACCUCCUGCAAAAGAACCUGCUCUCCCGGGUUCUUCGGGCACCGCUGCAGUCAGACGUGCCCCCAGUGUGUACACAGCACAGGCCCAUGCCAUCACGUUACAGGCCACUGUGAGUGCCUGUCCGGGUUUUUCGGCCCCCUGUGCAACCAAGUGUGUCCCAGUGGCAGGUAUGGAAAAGCCUGUGCAGAAGCGUGUGUCUGCACGAACAACGGCACUUGCAACCCCAUUGACGGCUCCUGCCAGUGCCUCCCCGGCUGGAUUGGCAGUGACUGCUCACAGGCCUGUCCCAUAGGGCAGUGGGGCCCUGACUGCCUUAACUCAUGCAACUGUCACAACGGAGCCCAGUGUAGUGCCUACGACGGAGAGUGCAGGUGCAGCCCAGGCUGGACAGGCCUCUAUUGCACACAACGCUGCCCUUCAGGCUUCUACGGUCGAGACUGUGCUGAGGUGUGCCGCUGUCAGAACGGCGCAGACUGUGAACACAUCACUGGCCAGUGUACCUGUCGGACAGGCUUCAUCGGGGCCAGCUGUGAGCAAAAGUGUCCUCCUGGGACAUUCGGCUAUGGAUGUCAGCAGCUGUGCGAGUGCUUGAACAACGCCACCUGCGACUAUGUGACUGGAACCUGCUACUGCAGCACUGGGUACAAAGGCAUCCGCUGUGACCAGGCGGCACUGAUGAUGGAAGAACUGAACCCCUACACUAAAAUCAGCCCAGCCCUGAGCUCUGAGCGCCAGUCGGCCGGAGCAGUGAUGGGUAUCAUCUUCCUCCUCCUCAUCAUCAUGGCCAUGCUGAGCGUGUUUGUGUGGUACAGACAGAGGCAGCGAGAGAAGGGGCAGGACAUGCCGAGUGUGUCCUACACACCAGCCCUGCGCAUCACCAACACUGACUACUCACUGUCAGAAGCAUCUCAGAGCAGCAGUGGUCAGUGUUUCUCUAACCCCAGCUAUCACACCGUGGCUCAGUGCAAUGUUCCACCCUCCAACACAAACGACCUGGAUGGCACUCUCACUCUGAAGAAAGGAGAACAAAGCAGUACUGAAUGGAGGGCGUACUGCAAUGUGAACGAUCUAGGUGUGUCACGAGAGGACACAUUGCCACUGCAGGACAACAAAACUACUCGAGUGGCUAAAGAGUACAUCAAGACAACCAUGUGCAGUUCCAGCUCUUGCUCUCUGAACAGCGAGAAUCCGUAUGCUACCAUCCGAGACCCACCAGCUCUGGCCUGCAAGCACACAGAGAACAGCUACGUGGAGAUGAAGUCUCCUGUACACAGAGACUUGGCAUUUUGCACCAGCACCAACAGCACUUCCCACUCCUCCGCCAACAGAAACAUCUAUGACAUGGAACCUACAGUAAGCGUCCUGCAGGGACCCAACGGGCUGGCAACCGGUUUCUCACAGAACCCUUAUGAUCUGCCCCGGAACAGCCACAUCCCGAGCCACUACGACAUCCUGCCCAUGCGCCACAGCCCCACACACACCUCGCCGCCCCCUGAGAGCCCCCCCAGCUCCCUGCUGUAGAACUCGGACCUAAACCUACCUCUACGCUAUACAGCAAACACCGCCUGCGUCCGCAGGACUUCUUC